UAUUAACUAAGCCUAAAACUAUGGGAAAUGUGACAAAUAAGAAAAUUCACUUAUCAAAUAAUAGUAUAGUUAACUUUAACCAAUUCUAAAAUACAUGUGUCUAUGUAAGAAUUUGUAAAAGGGAGUUUAAUAUUUCAGACUCAAAAAAAUAUUUAAAAUAUCUAAAUAUUAAAAAGACUCAUUUAUAAACUCUCAAAGUUUUCUUUAUAAAGACUCUCGAAGAUGAUAACCUUAAUUUGGGAGAAGCAAACAAGAGAACGAGAAACACUAAUUCUUGACACAACUGUUACGAUACAUAAAACCAGAAAAAGCUCAGACCCUACCUUGCAUCGUAGGGUAAACAGAGAUGUGUAAACCCUUGACUGUUGUCUACUUGGUUGCUCUACUUUUUAUAGUCUCCGCGGCGGCUGAGGAAGGAAACGACUGCGGGGUCUCCGCCGCUGCUGUAAAUUCAGCAACGGAUCUUAAGUAUAAGAUCGUGGCUAUCUUCUCCACGUUUAUUGUCGGAGUUUUUGGUGUUUGUUUGCCCAUCUUUGGCCUCGAUCUAGAUGGUAUUUUCUACGCAUUUGUCAGGAGAUUCGGUGCCUAUGUAAUGGGAUUCUCCACUGUCAUCUACAUUCUUCCUGAUGCUAUAGACAGCCUCACAAGUUCUUGCAUCGGAGACUUCCCGAUGACUGGAGUUGUUGUAGCCAUGGCUGCUGCCAUCUUAACCAUGAUUGAAUCCAUGUCCUUCGCUUCAGCUUUUAUGAAUAGAGCUCAGAACGGUGAUGAUCAUAAGAUUGGACAUAAGCUCGUAACUCAGUUCUUGGAGUUAGGGACUGUGGUCCACUCAUUGAUCAUUGGAAUAGCUUUAGGAGCAUCUCCAAAUCUUAGCACUAUUAAGUUUCUUAUACCUUCAAUUACCUUCCAUCAAUUGUUACAAGGAAUUCGUCGUGGAGGUUGCAUCUCCAAGGCAAAGUUUGAAUUGAAGAAAACUUUAAUUAUGGUGAUAGUGUUUUCUCUCACAACACCUGUAGGAAUCGGGAUCGGUAUUGGAGUCGCUGAGAUUUACUACAAGAGUGGCCCGAUCACGUUGAUAGUGUCCGGUUGUUUAAACGCUGCAGCCGCUGGAAUAUUGUCGUUCGUGACUGCUGGGAAUAUUGGUUCCAACCUCAAACCUCAUAGUACUUGUCACAUGUUACAAGCUUUAGGUUUUGUCCUCUUCUUGUUGAUGCUGUAGGGUGGGGGUUCGAAUACUUGGAUUGUUCUCUUCUCUUUGCAAUGUAUCUUAUUUAUAGACGAAGAAAAAAUGAUACUCUAAACAUGUAA